AUGCUCAAUCCUGCUUCAAGGCUUUCUCGUGUUGAUCUCAUCAAUAACCUCUUUCACACGCUUCAGGGCACCUGGCUCCUUGACCGGAACCUACAAAGUGCAGAUCCUACGGCUCCGUCGGGGAGAUGUUUGGGCAAGGCCACAUUCACUCCAACACAGCCGUCUCCUGUCCUUGACGAGGAUGGCAAGCUACAGCUGGCCGAGUCUGAACUUCUGUACCAUGAACAAGGUGAGCUGGAGAUGGCCCAAGCCAUACCAGGCCAAGGCAAGCCUCUCAAGUUGCCGUUCUCGCGGAAAUACAUUUGGCGUCUCAACAGAGCCGACGACGCCGUGAACCUUAGUGUUUGGUUCACCAAGCCUGGGACCGAUACGAUCGACUACCUGUUCCAUCACAUUGAUAUUCCAUACGAUGACGCCAAUGGCAGUGCAUCUCAGGAUGAAAUGGUCCUCCACGGCAACGGGGGUCAUCUAUGCGUUGCCGAUUUCUAUAGCAGCUCUUAUUCCUUCUCCUUGUCUCAUAAAGACGACGGUACGGCUAUCUUGAUUUCAUGGAAAGCAUCGCAUGAAGUUCGCGGUCCAAAGAAAGAUCAGAUAAUCGAGACAACGUACACCAAAGCAUGA